AUGGAAUUUAAUCCUUUUACUGAGCCUUCAAACUUUGUUGACCUGCUUAGCAGUCAACAGAAUGUGGUCUUUGGUAAUGUACCCGAGUCACAGCUUCCCUUCUUUGCCAGUCAAGACACACACGAUUCGAACAUUGGUGAAGAGACUCAAGGCAGUCGUAAGGAGAGGAGGACGUGGUCUCCAACUGACGACAUUGUGCUCAUAAGCUUGUGGUUAAACACGAGCAAAGAUGCAGUAGUGGGGAAUGAACAGAGGUUUAUUGCAUUCUGGAAGCGAAUUGCUGCGUACUACAACGCUAGUCCCAAGCUUGUUGGGUGUGAAAAGCGAGAGGCAGCUCACUCUGAGGGAAGCUCUAAAAAGAGGAAGAGUGUGGACGUUUCUCACUCUGCAAGCUCUAAAUCAAUUGAUGUAGACUCUGGUGAUGAAGCAACAACUCGUCUCCCUGGAGUUAAGGCAUCAAAAGCUCGUUCUAAGAAGCCAAUUGGUGAUGCAAAGGACUACGAUGAGUUUCAGUCAAUGUGGUCUAUGAAGAAGGAGGAUUUGACUAUAAAGAAGGAGCUGUCUAAGAUCAAGCUUCUGGAGACUCUCAUUGGUAGAGAAUGA